AUGGCAUCGAUUAAAGACCUACUGAAUCCAUCCCCAGAUUCACCCCCGCAACUUCCCAAGGCACACUUUCAGGAGCGCCCCAAGACACUUUUUACAGAGCUACCUAGGGCGUACUACGGGCUUCUUUCGCGUGUAAAUAACGCACCGCCAGCGACUACUGCCUCACCUGUUCAUGAGAAAAGGUCCAAGAUGCCAAAGGAUAGCCCGGUAUUUCGACCUGGAAGUACUCAGGGAGAGGUCCGAUAUCCUCCCUGCGAGGAGCGUGAUGAGGAGCUCACCAAGAUCCACAAGGAGUUUCAACUGCAUCCUAUGGGCAAGAUCGCCCAAUACCCUCGUCAUAUCCCGUACCAGAGUGACAAGAAGUCAUUUCAGGAGAAGACUGGUCGUGAUAGCUUUCAUGUCUUCCAAUAUACGUUUCAGGAACCAGGCACCCAGGAAGUGUGGACAGUGAUGUGGGAUUACAAUAUUGGACUUGUGCGCACUACGCAUCUAUUCAAGUGUCUGGGCUAUCAAAAGACUGUUCCCGGUAAAGCGCUGGCCCAAAACGAAGGCCUGCGUGAAAUCUGCCACAGCAUCACCGGCGGAGCGCUUGCAGCUCAAGGCUACUGGUGGCCAUACAAAGCGGCCAAGGCUAUGGCUGCCACUUUCUGCUGGAGAAUUCGCUACGCCUUGACGCCCCUGUUCGGCACAGACUUUCCGUCCAUGUGUAUUCCUCCAGAGGACCAAACUAAACAUGGCCGGAUGGUCAUCCACAAAAGCAUCGUGGCGGAAGCCACAGAGAUCGCCCGCCUCUACCGUGACCUGGAGCUCCAGAAAGCCCGUGCUGGCUCAAACCAGGGCUCUAGAUCAUCUGGCCCUGAGCACCAGAAGACAUGUUCUCAGUCCUCUUUCGUCUACGGCGACCGAGAUCAUCGGCGAGUCAAGUCCAAGUUCCCUCGACACAGAUACGAGGACAGUAUUGGCAGUGCUCGGGACUCAUCCUCGGAACCGUGCUGUAACUCUCCUAGGAGCCCUACUCACAAUCCCUGGACACCGGUCAAUGGUCCGCCUCGCAGCUCGGACGUUGUAACCCCCCAAAGCGAUAUCUCUCCCGGUGAUUUCUUCCGUCCCCUCAUUACCUAUCGAAAGCGUGGUCUGUCGGCCGAGGAGACUGGUUCUGAGGCCGGCCUCAGUCCCAUGCCCAACUUUCCCUCACUCGGGAAAGAGGAUGCCGAGAUGGGCGAAGCGGACUCAGGCGUCGCCGAUGUAGAGUCCGCUGGAAGCCUUUCUGACACGAGCAUCUCGGGAGACGAUUCCGUUGAUGAUGACGAUGACUACCGGGUACCUGUCUCCCGAGGCUCGACGAGCGAUGAGGCUCCCGGUGAGAGGGCUAAGAAUCCUCCUCGCUCUGCCAGGAGUCGGGGGAGUGAACUUCUGCCGCCCUUGGGCCACUUUGCCCAUGAGGUCAAGGCUGCUCAUGCCCUGCUUCAUCUGCAUAUGCAGGAGGCCAAGGACAACGAGAGUGACACCGAUGAAGCCAUGGAUUGGUCGCCUUGGAAAAAUUCAGUCACCUCACACACCCUGAAAGUUGUUCCCGAGACUGACAAGAGACGUUGUGCUUCUCUGUGA